UCGUCUAUCGCGUCGACCGUGUGGAGGUAUAAAUUAGUGACACCUGUCGGGUGGAUUCUCCACCCGUAGAGAACCACUCAGUUCAGGAUGAUCCGUGCCACAUUAUACACGCUCUGCACGCUGCUCUUGAUUGGGCUGGUUGCGGCAAAUCCCACGCUGCAAGCCAGCGGUUUAAAGGAUGGCCGAAUUGUUGGCGGAUAUGAUGCCGUGCCGGGCCAGUUUCCGUAUCAGGUGUCAUUGAGGCGGCCACCAAACUUCCACUUCUGCGGUGGUUCUAUCAUCGGUCCGCGAUGGAUUCUGUCGGCAGCACAUUGCACGAUAUCGAUGGCACCGGCCAAUUUGAACGUGUACGUGGGCAGCGUGAAGCUGGCGUCGGGCGGUGUCUACCAUCGAACGAUGCGCAUCGUCAACCAUCCGCUGUACGAUCCGGGUACUAUCGAGAACGACAUCAGCCUGAUACAGACGGUGCAACCGAUAGUAUUCAAUGAGGAUACGCAACCGAUCGCUUUACCGACCACGAACCUGCUGUCCGGCACGGGUGCUCUCAUUUCGGGUUGGGGCCGAUCGAAUACCAUGGACAGUGGAACCGCUGAAGUGCCGGACAACUUACAGUACCUCACGGUGGACAUACCGACGAUGGAAGAAUGCCGUGCCGAGCGUCCAGGCUCUAACAACAUCUUCGACAGCGUCAUGUGUGUCUCCAGUCCAUCCGGACAGGGUGCAUGUUCCGGUGAUUCCGGUGGCCCAUUGGCGUACGAUGGAUUAGUGCACGGCAUCGCGUCAUUUGUUCGCGUUCCCUGUGCUACCGAUGUUUCGGACGUUUACGAACGUGUGUACUCUCAUCGAGCGUGGAUCACAUCGGUCACAAUGUGAUGGUAGAGCGAAAGAAAAUAUCUACGAGUUGUGAUGUGCUUCCGGAACAGAGUUGUCCGAGGCUAAUAAAAAUCUUAUUCCAUCUCUUGAAAAAA